AAGUGGCGGGUAGAAAAGAAGGCAGGUUACAGGGGGCUGGGCACAGGGUCACGGGCCAGGGUCUCUGACACUUGCACCAGCAGCGGUGAACCCCCAUUGAAAAUGGUGCCCCAAUUCCCCGGGUCUUACCCCCUGAUGCCCCUCUCAUCCACCCCCAAACGACUGCCCCCCCUGCUGGUUUACCAUGGUGCCAUCACUGCCAUGCAGCCACAGCAGGGCACUACGAUGAUGAUGACCUGUGGCGGCAUUCCAUACUUUAUCUGCUGCCAUCAGCCUGGGAAACACUUCGUACCUGGCAUUUUCUUGCUUGUUAUCAGGACUCUUGCCUCGAAUUUGGAUUCUGAGCCCUCAAGGAGACCUGUCAGCUUGCAAAAAUUACAACAGAUGCAGGAGAGGAAAAUAAGGCAUCCAUUGUAGCCGGGACAAAGAAUCCUGUAUGGGGUUUGGGCAUUGCCUGUGAGAUCCCCCGGCAACACAUUAAAUAAAUCAAAGAUUGUUUUCGUGAGAAUCUGUGCGAAGGAAUUGAGUAGGUUCUGAU